ACAGAAAAAAAGUACAAAAGCAGAAGAUAUGGUCGCGGGGCUGUAAUUGAUGGGGCAGUUAGUUUGUUAUUACAAAAGAAGGGAGAGAGGAAACGCCAUUAAUAGGCACUCCAAAAUUGUAAGCUUCUUAGAUUUAUAAGUCCGCCAUUGCCGCCGCUUUGUUUAUUGCUCCAUCUCUCUGACAUUACAGUCUCCCUUCGUGUUUGUAUGUUAGGUUACACGAAUCCAAUGUCGCCUAUUUCACCUCUUUUAAUCUUUUUUUUCUUCAAUUUCUUUCUCUCUGUUCACGUCGCAUUCGACGGCGAUGAACAACAACAACAACAAAAACCAUCAGAGAUGCCGAUGGUGAAGCUGGAUGUGAUGCAUCGCCACCAUCCACAUGUUCAGGAGAAGCUUUAUGGUGAACGGAGGAGUCUAGGAAGCACCGAUCGCUUCAGAGAUAUUCACGAGCACGACCACAACCGCCAACGCUCAAUCUCCACAUCGAUGAAAAUGAGCAAGACGGAUCGUCAGCUUCCUAUGCCGUCAUCUGCACCGAUACAACUGAAAAUAAGCUCAGGCUUCGAUUUUGGAACUAAUGAGUAUUUUGUUCAGUUCAGAGUCGGAACGCCGCCGCAGAAAUUUUUGUUGAUUGUGGACACCGGGAGUGACCUAACCUGGUUGAAAUGUAGAUAUCGGCGGUGCUUGGGAAAUUGCACCGCCCACGCUCAUCAUAAGAGCCGUGUUGAACACAAAGUGAAAUUCGAUCAUCCGUUUUUAGCGAAUCAUUCAUCCUCUUUCAAAUUGAUUACCUGCGGCUCAGAUUUCUGCCUCGGUGAUCUCCAACUACUCUUCGCCAUCCCGGAUUGUCAAGUUCCUUCCAACCCUUGCGUCUAUGAUUACAGCUACAUAGGAGGAGGGGCUGCGACGGGAUUGUUCGCAAACGAGACGGUAACCGUAGGCCUCACAAACGGAAAAGAGAAACAGCUCCAUGAUACUCUAAUCGGCUGCACCGAACUGUUCAAUGCAAUGCAGUUGAAAGGAGUCGACGGCAUCCUUGGCUUAGGAACUGGCGCACACUCCUUCGCCCACAGAGCCGCUCUAGACAAAAACGGCGGUGGCUUCUCCUACUGCCUCAUCGACCAUCUCAGCCACCACAGCGCCACCAGCUACUUCAUCCUAGGCUACCCCCCCGCCGAACCCCUCUCUGUUGCUCCAGUCGGCAACAUGACCUUCAUCAACCUCCACCUCGGCGGCCCCUUCAACAGCUACUACGGCGUGGGGCUCAUCGGAAUCUCAAUCGACGGUGUCACGCUCAACAUCCCUCCCCGCGUUUGGGACAUCCAGAAAGGUGGCGGCACCAUUCUCGACUCCGGAACCAGUCUCAGCAUGCUCACCGCACCCGCGUUCGACGUGUUCAUGGAAGCCAUGGUUCAAAAGCUGAAGAAAUUCCAGCAAAUCCUUGCGGAUCCCUUCGCUUAUUGCUUCAAUAAGACCCACUACUCCCAUGAAAUGGCCCCCAAGCUUCGAUUCCAUUUCGAGAAGGGGGUGGUGUUCGAGCCGCCCCCCAAAAGCUACAUUGUGAAGGUGGACGAUAUCUUGUGUCUUGGCUUCACUUCUAUUCCUUUUCCAGACACCAAUAUCAUCGGCAAUAUUCUUCAGCAAAAUUUCCUUUGGCAAUUUGAUUUCUUCAAUAAGAAGGUCGGCUUUGCUCCCUCCCAAUGCAUCUAGAAUCUUCCUUCAUUUUCUUCAUAUUCUUCCUAUUGGAAUAAAAAAUAU